AAAAUUUGCUGUUGCUUCUUCCAGAGGCUAGAACAGUUUCCAGGAUGGCUUCUGCAUCAACAUCUAAAUGUAAUUCAUAUGCCUUGGAGAAUGAAUCCAUUAAAAUGGUAUCUCAAGAUGGACUCAGUCAGGAUCUCAGUGAGAGUGUUCCUCAACUCCCAGGGGAAAUACUAAUUACUGACAAAGAAGUUAUUUACAUAUGUCCUUUCAAUGGCCCCAUUAAGGGAAGAGUUUACAUCACAAAUUAUCGUCUUUAUUUAAGAAGUUUGGAAACGGAUUCUGCUCUAAUACUUGAUGUUCCUCUGGGUGUGAUAUCAUUAGUUGAAAAAAUGGGAGGCGCGACAAGUAGAGGAGAAAAUUCCUAUGGUCUAGAUAUUACUUGUAAAGAUUUGAGAAACCUGAGGUUUGCAUUGAAGCAGGAAGGCCACAGCAGAAGAGAUAUGUUUGAGAUCCUCACAAGAUAUGCCUUUCCUCUGGCACACAGUCUGCCAUUAUUUGCAUUUUUAAAUGAAGAGAAGUUUAAUGUGGAUGGGUGGACUAUUUAUAAUCCAGUUGAAGAAUACAGAAGGCAGGGCCUACCUAAUCACCAUUGGAGGAUAACUUUCAUUAAUAAGUGCUAUGAACUCUGUGACACAUACCCUGCUGUUUUGGUGGUUCCCUAUCGGACCUCAGAUGAUGACCUCAGGAGAGUUGCAACUUUUAGAUCCCGAAAUCGGAUUUCUGUACUGUCGUGGAUUCAUCCAGAAAAUAAGAUGGUCAUUAUGCGCUGCAGUCAGCCUCUUGUCGGUAUGAGUGGUAAAAGAAACAAAGAUGACGAGAAAUAUCUGGAUGUGAUCAGGGAAACUAACAGACAAAUUUCUAAGCUCACAAUUUAUGAUGCACGACCCAGUGUAAAUGCAGUGGCCAACAAGGCCACAGGAGGCGGAUACGAAAGUGACGAUGCGUAUCAUAACGCCGAGCUGUCUUUCUUAGACAUUCAUAAUAUUCAUGUUAUGCGUGAAUCUUUAAAGAAAGUGAAAGACAUUGUUUAUCCUAACAUUGAAGAAUCUCAUUGGUUGUCCAGUUUGGAGUCUACUCAUUGGUUAGAACAUAUUAAGCUUGUCCUGACAGGAGCCAUUCAAGUUGCAGACAAAGUUUCUUCAGGGAAGAGCUCAGUGCUUGUGCACUGCAGUGAUGGAUGGGACAGGACUGCUCAGCUGACAUCCCUGGCCAUGCUGAUGCUGGACAGUUUCUACAGGAGUAUUGAAGGCUUUGAAAUAUUGGUACAGAAAGAGUGGAUAAGUUUCGGACAUAAAUUCGCAUCUAGAAUAGGUCAUGGUGAUAAAAAUCAUGCUGAUGCUGACCGAUCUCCUAUUUUUCUCCAGUUUAUUGACUGUGUGUGGCAGAUGUCAAAACAGUUUCCCACAGCUUUUGAGUUCAAUGAAUGCUUCUUGAUUACGAUCUUGGAUCAUCUGUAUAGCUGUCGAUUUGGUACUUUCUUAUUUAACUGUGAAUCGGCUCGAGAAAGACAG